AUGAAAGUAACCUGUUGGAACUGUCGAGGUUUAGGCAGUGACUCGACAGUUCGACGCCUUAAGGAGAUCAAUAGAAAGUAUCUCCCAGACAUCAUUUGCCUGUCUGAAACCAAACAACAAGAUGAUCAUAUCAGAGAUGUGGGUGCUCAGCUUGGUUUUCUUCAUUUUGUCUCAGUUCCUCCACGAGGUCUUAGUGGUGGUUUAGUUAUCUAUUGGCAUCAGCAUGUACAGCUUUCAAUUUUAAGUUCUUCUCCUAAUCUUAUCGAUUGUAAAGUCAGUAUUAAUGGAAGCAGCUCUUUCUAUUUCUCGUUUAUUUACGGUCAACCAAAUCAGAGUUUGCGUUCACAAGUAUGGGAAAGGAUAGACCGGCUUGGUAUUGGAAGGAGAAACGCACCAUGGAUACUAUUAGGUGAUUUCAAUGAAAUCCUUGGUAAUCAUGAGAAGAUAGGAGGAAGAGAAAGGCCAGCGAUAUCUUUCCAAGAUUUCAGAAAUAUGAUCAGAAACAACAACCUUCAGGAUCUGAAGUCUGUUGGUAAUCGAUUCUCUUGGGUUGGAAAACAUGGCACGCACGACAUUCAAUGUUGCCUUGAUAUAACAAUGGCUAAUAGACUAUGGCUUCAAGAAUUCCCGGCCUCUGAAACAGAGUUCCUGGAAAUAGGUGAAUCUGAUCAUCGCUCUCUAGUCACUUUUAUCUCACAUGAGAAAGAAGAACCAAAACGGGUUUUCAGAUAUGAUAGUAGACUGCCAAACAAAGAAGGUUUCAAUGAGUCAGUCUGUAGAGGAUGGAAGGGUUCAGGGCAGACGCAAUUGCUACAACAACCUUUAGCACAAAGACUAAGACAAUGUAGAAGUCAAAUCUCUAUAUGGAAGAAACACAACAGGAGUAACACUGAAGAACGAAUACAAGUCCUAAGAGGCAGACUUGAUAGAGCUAUUACUACUGCUGCAUCAACUCACGAGAUAAAUACAGUUCGAGAGGAGUUGAAUCAAGCCUAUAUUGAGGAAGAAAUCUUCUGGAAACAAAAGAGCAGGGUGAUGUGGUUAAGAGCUGGUGACAAGAAUACCAAAUAUUUUCACUCCAUUGCGAAGGUGAAAAGAAAUAGAUUGAAUCUCUCAUCUAUCCAGGAUAGUAACGGAGUAGUCCACCGAGGUCAGAGACAAAUUGCUCAAGUUGCACAAGAGUAUUUUCAAAAUUUAUUUGGAAAUUCUAACGCCAAUACUUCACUCUAUCCUGAAGUCUUUGGAAGCUUCCAGAGACGAGUAACUACUGAGAUGAAUGCUGAUCUGAUUAAGGAAGUCUCAGAGGAAGAAAUCAGAGAGGCUAUGUUUGAUAUUGGUGCUCACAAAACGCCUGGUCCGGAUGGAUUCUCAGCCGUCUUCUAUCAUCAAUAUUGGGAAGACAUUAAAGAAGAUAUUGUUACGGAAGUUAAGGGAUUUUUCCAGGAAGGUAAUCUUGAUCCUCAGCUGAAUCAUACUAAUCUGUGUCUGAUCCCCAAAGUCUAUCCACCAACUGGAAUGACUGAAUUUAGACCCAUUUCUCUUUGUAAUGUGGCCUAUAAAGUCAUUUCAAAAGUUUUGGUGAAUCGGUUAAAGUAA